AUGAGUAUUGUCGUUCUUUUUCUUGAGUUACUAGCCUUAGCAACCAUCAACAUUUGCUUCUGCAACAGAAACACCCACUUGAAUUGCAUUGAAAGUGAGAGAGAAGCACUUUUAAGGUUCAAACAUGAUCUCAAAGAUCCAUCAAACCGGCUUACCUCUUGGAAUGGUGAUGGAGAUUGUUGUUCAUGGGCUGGUGUUGUCUGUGACAAAUUGACAGGUCGUGUUCUCCAGCUCCACCUUCAAAAUCCGUGGGAUCCUUACAAUUAUACUGACAUUGGUUCUUGGUAUGAUGUUGAGUAUGAUUCUGUGCAUGAAGCUUAUGAGAAGUCGAUGUUGGGUGGUAAGAUUAAUCCCUCUUUGCUUGAUUUGAAAGAUUUGGUUUACUUGAACUUAAGCAACAAUGAUUUUGAAGGAAUUCAGAUUCCUAGAUUUCUUGGUUCUAUGGGAAAGUUAAGAUAUCUUGAUCUUUCUAGAGCUGAAUUUUCAGGAAUGAUUCCUCAUCAACUGGGAAAUCUCUCUGACUUGAAAUAUCUUGAUCUUAGUUUUUCUAAUCAUUUGUAUGCUGAGAACACUUUUUGGUUAUCUGGUCUUUCUUUGCUGGAACACCUUGGUUUGAGUUGGGUGAACCUUAGCACAUCCUCUGAGUGGUUGCAAGCCAUAAAUAAUCUCUCUGUUUUAAAAGUGUUGCAAUUGUCAGGUUGUCGGCUUUAUAACUUUCCUCCACUACCCAUUGCAAACUUCUCGUCUCUUUCUGUCCUGCAUCUUUCUGAUAACAAUUUAGGUGACACAAUUCCUAGUUGGAUGUUUGGUCUUAGUGAUUUAGUCUUUCUUUCACUAUCUGACAAUAAUUUUCAAGGUCCUAUUCCUGAUGGACUUCAAAACUUGACUUCUUUGAGGCACUUUGAUUUAUAUUUCAAUAAUUUCAACUCUACAUUUCCCAAUUGGUUGUACAAAUUUAGCCACCUUGAGUACCUAGAUUUGUCAGAAAAUAAAAUUGAAGGGAGACUCCCAAGAUCAUUUGGAACACUUUGCAACUUGAAAUCAAUCUAUCUAUUCGGUGUGAAAUUAAAUCAAAGUGUAUCUGAAGUCCUUGAUAUCUUCUCAGGAUGUAUAUCAGAGGGGCUACAGUUUUUAGAUUUGGAUGGAUCUCAACUUUUUGGUCAUUUGACGGAUAAACUUGGGAAACUUAAGAAUCUAGUCAGUCUUAACUUACACAACAACUCUAUUCGUGGUUCUAUUCCAUUCUCUAUGGGAAAACUUUUGUCCUUGGAAUAUUUAGAUCUUUCCUAUAACAAAUUGGAUGGAACUAUUUCUGAAAUUCAUUUUGCAAAUCUCACCAAACUGAGUUCUUUUUCUGCAUCUCAAAACUCAAUAACAUUAACAUUUAGUCCUGAUUGGCUUCCUCCUUUUCAACUUAUGUAUCUAAGCUUGGAUUCUUGUUUUUUAGGGCCUAAAUUUCCAUCAUGGCUUCAUUCACAAAAGAAUUUAGAUAAGUUGGAAAUAUCAAACUCAAGAAUUGUAGAUACCAUUUCUAAUAGGUUUUUAAAUUCUUUUCCCCAUAUUACUUAUUUAAACCUGUCCCACAACCAAAUCCAUGGAGAACUUCCAAAUUUAGUUAAUGUUGCUACUCUUGAAUCACUUUUCUUGAAUUCAAAUAAUCUGUCAGGUCCUUUGCCCCUUAUAUCCUCCAAGUUGAUGAACCUAGAUCUUUCCAAUAACAGUUUUUCAGGAUCCAUUUCCCAAUUUUUAUGCCAUGGUAAAAAUGAGUCAAAGAACAUGGAACUUCUCUACCUCAAAGAUAAUGUUUUAUCUGGAGAAUUACCAAAUUGUUGGAUGAAUUACGGUAAAUUGCAUUACCUAAACUUAGGUAAUAAUAAUUUUACUAGUCACCUUCCAACUUCUAUGGGAAAUUUAACUUCCCUUAUUAGUCUUCAUCUCCACAAAAACAACCUCUCUGGAAUAAUACCGGAUUCACUUAAAAGUAUCAAUAACUUAGCAAUACUUGACUUGAGUGAAAAUCAGUUUUUUGCAAAAAUUCCAACAUGGAUAGGAGAAAGUUUGUCAAGCAUGAUAAUUCUCAACCUUCGUUCAAAUAAAUUUCAUGGUGUUCUACCAGUGGAACUUUGUCGUUUAUCUUCUCUACAAAUCUUGGACCUUGCUGAAAACAAUCUCUCGGGAACCAUACCAAGGUGUGUCAAUAAUUUUAGUGCCAUGAUAACAAUGGAGGAUUCUUUUAGCACAAACAUACCAGAAUACAUGAAUGGGACAGAUGGUCAGCUUUUGGAGGAGGCCAGCCUUGUGAUGAAAGGGGAAAUUGCUGAAUAUCGCAGUAUUCUUAAUUUGGUAAGAAUUUUAGACUUUUCCAAAAAUAAUUUCUCUGGAGAGAUUCCUCUUGAAGUGACAAAUCUUAAAGUCUUGCAAUCACUGAAUUUGUCCCAUAAUUUUCUUACUGGAAGAAUUCCUAGAACCAUUGGGGCCAUGAUAUCCUUAGAAUCCCUUGAUUGCUCUGGAAACCUACUGUCAGGUGAAAUCCCAUCAAGUACUGCAAACUUGACGUUUUUGAGUCACUUAAACUUAUCCAACAACAAUCUCACAGGCAGGAUUCCUUUGAGCACUCAACUACAAAGUUUUGAUGCAUCUUGUUUUGAUGGCAAUGAACUUUGUGGAGAUCCACUUCCUAAGAAUUGCACUCCAAUGCCAAACCAUGAAGAAAGAGAAGAUGAUGGAGAUGAACAUGAAGUGAACUGGUUUUAUGUAAGCAUGCCAAUUGGAUUUGUGGUGGGUUUCUGGGGUGUAAUUGGUCCUGUGGUUGUCAACAGAAAAUGGAGGUACAAGUAUGUCAUUUCUUAG